AUGCCAACACCGAACAACCUAGUACCACCUCCAACAGCAAUGAUGGCUCUUGCAACUUCGGAUCUCAAAUCAAAGCAAGAGCAUGAAAUGGAGAUGCUCUCCCUUCAACAUGAGCUGAGAAGCAAAAAUGCAAAGAUCAAACAGCUCCAAUCGAAAUACGACCAAACAGAAAACAAUUUUAAAUAUAUUUUGAACAAUCACAAAGAGUUGAUUAACCGACUAGCAGAAAUUGAACGAGAUUUAAAAGAAGAACGAGAUAGGAACUCGGAGUUACAAAACAAAAUUCAACUUCAACAAAUAGAAAUUGCAAAGUUAUCGGACAGUGAAGAAAAAAACAAAAAACUAAGGCAAGAAAUUGAAUCUCUCAAAAAAGUUAACAAGAAUUUACAGGACACAUUAUUAGACACAGAGAAGUUAAAAGAAAAGAAACAAAACAAAAAAUAUGAGACUAUUAUUGAGCAAUUAAAGCAAGAAAUCAAACAGUGGAAUGACAAGUUUUCAGAACAGCACACCAAGUACACAAAAAUUGUUUCAAAAUACAAAAUUCAAGAAGCUCAAUUAGAGUCAUUAAUGGAAAAGAAGGAAAAACGAACUAUUCCAACACAGACAACGACAAUACAAACAUUAGACGCAGAUGUUCAAACAAUUGCAGUAUCAAAACCUCUCACGUAUCAUCAAUCAGCGCAAGUGAAUAUUAUACAACCUGAACCUCCAAAAAAAGAGUACAAACCGCCCGUAAUUGAUUGGAGGCCUCCUGUUCAAAUCAUUAAGGAUGAAGAGCCUGUAAUAGAUGUCGUAAAAAGCACCUACAAGCCUGAGGUAAUUAUAAUUGAAAAACCAACAUUAAUAUCUGCCGGCAGUCAACAAAUAGCACAUACACCUCCCAGAAUCAAGCCAGCCGAGGUUGUACGCAAGGAGGAAUCUCCCAAAAUGCCACCACCCAUAGAACAAGUGGCAAUGUCAAUACUGCCUCAAAAAGCUCCACGUAAUGAAAAAUCCAAAGAGGCACCUCCUGUUGUAACAACAACUGUUCAACCCAAACAGAAAACCCUAGAGACCUCUGAGGAGGAUAUGCCUCAACCUAAGGAGAUCAAAGUUUCAUUCACUGAACCACACUCUGAUAAUAGGUGCACUGUACGCUUAUUCAAUGUCAUACCGAAUCUAACAUACUUCUUUAAGGAAUGGGGGAAUCUUCCCUUCUUUUUGUCUGUCGACUUUUUCAAACAUGAAACUCAACUAUCAAAUAUGACUAAUGGUGUUUCUAAUGAGCUGGCAUUUGAGCGAGUUUUCGAAUUCGAAAAUAAUCCAUUAUUUCUGUACUAUGUAGCCAAUGGAUCAAUUGUUGUACAAUUAACUCUGGUUCACUCCAUUGACAAUUGUGAAGUAAUUGGACAAGGAGAGAUUUAUCUGUCGAGCUUCAUCAAGGAUGGAUUUAAUAACACGUUAAAAGGAACUAUCACUCUGUACGGAAAAGCAAACAAAACACAAAUGGCUACAGUUGAUUAUGAAAUCAAGCUUAAAGACUCGAUAUCUAGAAUUGUAUCACCGUUCAAAUCGGAAGAAUUAAUCAAACUAUUUUCUGAUAAGACCUUUGUCGCUUCCGCACCAAUCACAGACCACACCAAAAACCGAUCAAAAAUUCAGGAAGCCUCUAGUGUUGAAUCCAGUCAAAUCGCAGAACUAAACGACAGUAAUAUUCAAAGCGAUGAACCGCUUGAGAAUGAUCAGCAUGCAUCAUAUCUGGAUGAAGAAUUACUAAAUCAGCAAUUAGAAAUGGGAGAUGUCAUCUAA